AUGACAUCGACCACUACUCAACAACAACCCUCUUCGUCACGACCUGGAAGGAAACCAAAGCGGGACGUGGAAAUUGAUCCGUCAACGGGCCAGAAACCAAGGAAGGUCAAUAGUGAGAUUCGAAAGCAGCAGAACCGAAUAGCUUCUAGGAAUUAUCGAGAAAAGCGCAAAAGGAAGCUGCAAUACUUGCAGCAACUUAUUCGAGAUCAAGGUUCGACAGAUCAACUAACUCCAAAGGCUCAGAAAUCGAGCCACGAAGCGCGCACGCGAUCUAUCUCAUCCGAAUAUCACGUCCCGGGACCGAUACUGGAUCGAGUAUUCUCUUCAAAUAUCGAGUUCAACUCGUUAUCGUCAACCAGCGAAAAUGUAAUAGAUCCAGUGCUGGCAACCACGACAACAUUCGAUGACCACCUCCUCACGACUGCAGCUACGACACCUCCAUUUGCCAACAUCGAGCCGGCCUGGAACCCUCCAAUCUAUGAACACCCGGCGCAGGUGAAUCUCGCAUCAUGGAAUGUACCCCAGUGGAUACCUAGCGUAGACUUUGCACCUCAAUUACAUGGCGGACAUGAAGACUUUCAAUUCACUCCGCCGCACACACAACAAGCCUUUGAACAACUACCAACCCCGCCUCAACAGCCUCAUGAACCGGUUCCAAAUGCGGAUCUCUUCAUUCUGGGUUCAUAUGGACAUUGUAGAAGGACGACAGGACAAUCACAAGGCAUCUCAAGCGUCAGUCAGGCCCUCUCGUUCCUCGCAUCUGCACCCGCAACCCAACGGUUCAGGUCGCCUUGAAACCUGCAGUGCCACCUCACACUCUAUCUAUAUACUCGCUAACCCACCAACAGUGCAUAACAGGUCAAAGACUGUCCUUCAAUCACUCCAAGCAUUCUGUAUUCAUCUGACACCCAUGACGCGACGACCUUCCUAUCAACCCACGCCGUGUUUUUGAUUCCGCCGAAGACAGAUUAGGCGACCUGUACGAGCCCGGACUUGAUUGGUACAUCCACUUGGAUGUUGGGGGCCGUGAAAGGCCUUUGAUCUUCAACCUCCUGAAACGCAAACGCAGAACGCAGAACACAUGCAGAACUCCGCCACUCUGGAUUGCGUCAACCAUCUACCACCACAUGUUGUUCCUCAGCCAGCCCGGCCGG